GCAGGUCCACGCCUUUUACACACACACACUGGCUGUGUGGGAAUAGAAUGCAUUGAUUGUGUAUUAGAUGCAUUGGUGCCUGGUAACGUUAUGCUGUGACACGAAUGUAGUGGACCAGCAGCUUUGCUGUUACGGGGACUGUUUCUAGAUCUUAUUAGGCUCAUGGUAGGCCCUGAAGCAGUCAAUGUGCACUAAUGAUGCACUACUCAAACUGGCUUAUUGGCGUGAAAAACAGGGCAAGCCUCCGAAAUGCGUGCAAAACACCACCUAACACCGACUGGAACAACAGGGGGAAGGUUGUGGACAUGAAGAACAACAAUCCGCAGCCUCAUGAAAAGACAUCCGAGCUAACGGUCGCCACCCACCUCUGGAAAAAAGGCCACAAAAUCAUUAAGAAAAUCGGGGAGGGCACAUUUUCAGAGGUGGUGAAAACUCAGAGCCUGAAAGACGGGAAGUUCUACGCAUGUAAAACCAUGAAGCAGACAAUUAACAGUCUGGAGCAGGCCAACAACCUGCGGGAAGUCCAAGCAAUGAAGAGGCUGAGCCCACAUGCAAAUAUCAUCCAGCUACAUGAACUGAUUUUUGACAAAGAAACUGGAACCGUGUCUUUGAUUUGUGAGCUGAUGGAGAUGAACAUCUAUGAGUUCAUACAAGGAAGACAAACUCCACUGCCUGACCAUACAGUGAAGCAUUACAUGUGCCAGCUGUGCAAGUCACUUGAACAUAUGCACAGUUGUGGGAUCUUUCACAGAGAUGUGAAGCCAGAGAACAUUCUCAUCAAACAAAACGUUCUGAAGCUUGGGGACUUUGGCUCAUGUCGGAGUGUGUACUCCAAGCCCCCGCACACAGAGUACAUCUCCACACGCUGGUACAGAGCCCCAGAGUGCCUCCUCACUGAUGGGUACUACAGCUUAAAGAUGGACAUCUGGAGCGCUGGUUGUGUCUUCUUUGAAAUCAUGAGCUUGAAUCCCCUUUUCCCUGGAACAAACGAGUUGGACCAGGUUACCAAGAUCCAUGAUGUGUUGGGGACCCCAGAUCUAAGUCUUCUCCAAAAGUUCAAGCAGUCUAGAGCAAUGCAUUUCAACUUCCCGCCGAAAAAAGGCACCGGCAUUUCCAGGUUAAUCCCUAAGUGCCCAGCCCCGGCUCUGUCACUGCUCUAUCAGAUGCUCGCAUAUGACCCCGAUGAACGCAUCACGGCAGAAACAGCCCUGCGGCACACAUACUUCAGGGAAAUCAGGCUGGGAGAGAAAAAAGCAGACUCUCUUCACAGAGUUUCUGGAACUACGGAUGGAGUAGAGAUCAGUGGGACGAACAGCUCCUUAGGGCACAUGUGGCGCCCAACCAGACUUGGCAAACAGCUGAGGGGAAGACACACAAGGCAAACACCUUUAAUGGGCCACAUGAAGCAUGUAGCAGAGCCCUUCCUCAGACGGAACGUCCCUCAUUAUCCCCCAGAACUGCCCAAGCUCAACAUGGUUGUACCGGCACCACAGAUCUCCUUCCCAGUCUCCGCUAUGCCUGCAUUCACUGUCACUCACCGGGGCACAUUGCCAGCCAUCACGUCAAAAAAGUGCCAGUCACAGCUGACCAAGCCCCGGGAUGAGUCACACCGCACAGCUUUCAAGACCUACUGCAUGCCACCUCUGGAUAGGAAACAAGGAGGCUACUGAGAGCCGAAAACACUUCAUUUGCUUUGAAAUUGCCUUUUACUGUACUGCUGAACAGAUUGUCGAGAGGACAAUGUUUGGACAGGACUGAUGCUGAAAUUUGUGAAGCAAUGGAGAGAUAUUUGAGAAAAAAAUGCAAUGAAGAUCGCAGUGUCUGUCAACUUCCCAGUUAUUACUGCUAAACCAAACAUUUGUUAGUAAUGAUGAAAUUCCAUUCUAAUCUCUACACAAACAAUGCUAGAUUCUGUCAUAUUAUGCUGGAUUGCAAAUGUGUAGUUUAGAUAUGACCUCGGUUUCACCUGACCUAGUCAGGUGUCACAUGUUUACAACUGUUGAUAAAAUUACUCAAUCCUGAGUCUAUUACACAAGCAAAGCAAUACGAUAUUUGUCAAGUUAACAGCUGUUUACCAUAGGUGAAUUAAAUGGUGUAACUUCUUUGACGAGGAACAUAGAUCAGCUUACUGAAAACCCGUAAAUCGUCACACCCUUUAGACGUGUUCAAGCUGUGUUACUUUACAACUUUGAAUCACAAAUGAUUAGGUAAGCUUUUUUUGACACUAAUCAACAAAAAUGCUUCAAUGUCAUAAUGAAGACAAGUCACCACAAACUGCACCAAAUUAAGUGUAAAUGUAAAACACAAAAUGUGUGUAAGUAUUCAGCACCUUUUGCUGAGACAGGCUUAAAAUAUCAGCAAUAUUCUCAGAAGUUGGAGGAAGUUAGAAAUUUUAAAAUACUGCAAACAGCACCUUUAAUUAAUCAGCCGUGAUUCAAAGUUGUAAAGCAAUUAAGGCUGAAUAACUUGUUGAAUACUUGUCGUAGGAAAUUUAUAUUGAGAUAGUCUCUUUCCAGUAGCUGUGAAUCAGUCCCUUGGGACAAACAGAUCUGAGUGGCAGCAGUCUUCCUGUAUAAAAGUAACCAACGAAAACAUUCACAUUAAGUGCUUCGCAAUUAUUCUAAGCCAAAAAAUUGCCACUGGAAUAGUAAUUUAAAGGCACAUUUCGUGAUCCAACUGUGAAUAAAAUAAGUACAAAACACACAAUUGGAACAGAUAAUAACAAAAAAUGGCUUACCUUUAAGAUUAAUUCUCUAUGUUAAAACAACUGUAUUUAUAUCGUCCAAGAUUGCACAUCGGGCCUUUAAAAGUCCCGAAUCAAUUUUUUUUUUUUUUUUAAUUAUUGCUGUAUUAAGAAUGUAGCUUGGCAAGUACCCUCAUACGCCCUCACUUAAAGCAUUGUGGCUUAAAAAAAAUUUCUAUUUCAUUUAGAGCUGUGAGCUCAUUAAAACAGACUGUGACUCAUUCCGCACUUUACUGUGCUGGUUAUUGUGAUGCAUAAUCAGAGUAAAAAAAUGUUGUCAAGUAUCCUUUGUAUAUUGUUGUCAUUAACCUGCAUUACAAUGACUUCAAUUUCUUGUCUGCACAAACUCCUGACACAAAAAUGUUAAGAGAACUAAUUGAUGAGAAUCAUGAUUUUUUUUUUUUAAUAAAU